UGUUCACCUGCGUUCAACCUGUUUAUCUCCGCGCUGCUGCUCAAGUGUCGCUCGAGGAUAUAUUCCAAUUUCUGUCGUUUACAUUGAGUUUGACCAGUCACUGGUUUCUUUGAGUCGGUUUUAUGUCGAGCCGUAGCUUUUAAGUGUUGACUUAGAGAGGGUUAUUUUUUUAUUAUUGCGGCCGAGCUCUGUGGACUUCGACCUCAACAAUUUUCCAGGUCAAACAAGGAAGUACUGCUUAUUGAAACUCCGUUAAUGUUCCAUUUGUGAUUAAAUGCAGGUUUUAUUAACUGUUAAUUCAUUCCUGGACACCUGAUAAAGCUGGUUUCGUUCUCCUUUGGACGAGAUGAACAGUUCUUUGGAAGACAUGGAUUCAGCAGCUGAAAAUGGUUCAUUUGUCCACCUGACUGAACCAAUUAUGGACAUGUCGGACGUCUCCAACGUGACCCUCAUUCGGACAAAGAAUGGGUCAAUCGUCCCAGACCGGAUGUUUUUAAACACUGUGGCUGCUCAGGCCCUCUCAGGGAUCGCCGUCUGGUCUGCUUUGCUCAUCACUUGCCAUCAGAUCUACACACACCUUCGGUCCUACACCGUCCCUAAUGAACAGCGGUACAUCAUCCGCAUCUUGUUUAUCGUGCCAGUUUAUGCUUUUGAUUCAUGGCUCAGCCUGCUCUUCAUCAGCAAUGAUCAGUACUAUGUGUACUUUGAUUCUGUUCGAGACUGCUAUGAAGCAUUUGUCAUUUACAAUUUCUUGAGCCUGUCCUUCGAAUAUCUGGGAGGAGAGAGUGCAAUCAUGUCCGAGAUUCGAGGGAAGCCAAUACAGUCAAGUUGUUUGUAUGGGACCUGCUGCCUCGUUGGAAUGAGCUACUCCAUUGGCUUUUUAAGAUUCUGCAAACAGGCUACACUCCAGUUCUGUGUUGUCAAACCCAUCAUGGCAGUCAUCACCAUCAUCCUGCAGGCCUACGGCAAAUAUCACGACGGAGACUUCAAUGUGAAUGGAGGAUAUCUGUAUAUCACCAUCAUCUAUAACUUCUCCGUCAGCCUGGCGCUCUACGCACUGUUCCUUUUCUUCUUUGCAACAAGUGAUCUGCUCAGGCCUUAUGAACCAGUGCUCAAAUUCCUCACAAUCAAAUCCGUCAUCUUGUCUUUCUGGCAAGGAAUGGUGCUGGCUAUUCUGGAGCGCUGUGGCGUCAUUCCCAAUGCACUGUUCAUCGACGGACACCAAGUUGGCACGGGCACCGUGGCGGCCGGCUGGCAGAACUUUAUAAUCUGUAUUGAAAUGUUCUUUGCUGCCAUUGCCCUGCGAUACGCCUUCACCUGCACCGUGUACCAGGAGAAGAGAAAUGAAGUGCCAGAGAACAUCCCUCCUAUGCAGAGCAUCUCCAGUGGACUGAAAGAGACCAUAAACCCAGGUGACAUGGUGCAGGAUGCCAUCCACAACUUCUCUCCCGCCUACCAGCAGUACACCCAGCAGUCCACACAGGAGGUGGUCCAGCCCACCACAAACGGAAAAGUCAGCACAGGAUCCAAGAGUUCCUGCAAGUCUGACAAAAUCACACUGAUCACCUCUGACGAGUUCUAGCUAUCGAUUCUGGUAACAACCAGGUGUGUCUCACCACACCCGUCUGCAGCUCCCUGGAAAUGAGCUGCAAAAAACCCCCCAGAAACACUCACAUGACUUAUUUCUUUCUUUGUAAAAAUUUUCAUGAUAUCAGUAUUUAUGAUGGACUGGUUACUCGUGUUUUACUGAAUAAUUUAUUUACCAAGAGCAGGACAAAAUUCACAAUUCUUUUGAGACUGUUCAGUCUCCGUAAUCAUCCCACACAAAGAAUGUUUUUUGUUUUGUUUUUUACCUUCACUGCAUCUGACAAGUGUGAAUCUCAGCAUUUUUUUUUCUUUUAAUCAGCGUGCUGUAUGUCUGCUGGGUUCUGAUUGGCUGUCACGUCAGCGCUCGCUCUCUGAUCGUCUGAAGGGUUGUUCUGUCUGACUUGUGUCUGUUUCAAAGAGGAAAAAGGUGAAUGCAUGACUCCAGACAGGAAGCUGGUGAAGGCUGCGAAUGACACUUCAUGGACCGUCUCUCACAUUUUGUUUGAAGUAUUUGCUGAACACUUCCUGUGCAGUUUUCCUGACAAAUAGGAUUUGUUCAGUGACAUGUGUUUUUCGAGCUGGUAUUUCAAAACGCAGAUCGCAACAUUUCAGAAUUCUUUUGUCUUCAAUAUCUCUGCAUGCAAAAAUGAGAUAAAUCUGUCUGUUGGGGUGGGGGGUGCUCGCUACUUGUCCCAUAAGACAAGACAUUAGCUCAGUGGUUGUAAACAGUCUUUUUACAUGUUCUGCACUGUUUUGGUAGAAGGUUUUUUUUUGUUGUUUUUUUUUUUUGCAUCUUUUCAUGUUGUAAUCCACCUUCCUGGCAUUGGUUGCAUGCAGUACUGUGCAAAGUUUUUACAUAUUAUAUGUACUUUCAUUUUUUUUAAUAAAAUGCUUGUAAAUGGCCAAUAUUUAGAAAUAAAUUCCACCUUUUUAGAAAUGCA